AUGUUUCAUAUUUCUCACGAUGCCAAAAUGAGAAACUAUGACGGCACUAAAAAAUUUCAAGCAGAUUUGUUUCAAUUGGGUUGUACUCAGAGAGCUACAAACGUCACAAAUGAGAGGCUUGGUGAGUUCUUGAGAGAUGCAGCUGGCAAGCAAAAAAACUCACCUAUCUUUGAAUGUCAUCUUCUUUUCUAG